CCCAAAACCCUAAAUUCCAACAAUGGCGACCUCUGCAAUCAAAUUCUUUCCGAUCAUCCUUCUCAUAAUCCUCUCGCUUCCCGCCGCCAUGGAAGGCUGCGGCAUCACCGUCUACUGGGGUCAGAAUGGCUUCGAAGGAGACCUCACAGAAGCAUGCGACACCGGCUUCUACAGCCACGUCAACAUCGCUUUCCUCAACGUUUUCGGCAUGGGCCAAACCCCGUCCUACAACCUCGCCGGCCACUGCCUUCCCUCUCCCUGCAACGUCUUCUCCCCACAGAUCGAUUACUGUCAGCGCCAAGGCGUCAAAGUUCUUCUCUCCAUCGGCGGCGCCAUAGGGAGCUACGGCCUCAGCGACGCCGACGAUGCGCGGCGAGUGGCGCAGUACAUAUACGACAAUUUCUUGGGCGGCUCCGCGCCGGACCGCCCGCUGGGAGACGCCGUGCUCGACGGCGUUGACUUUGACAUCGAAUCCGGCGACGCCUACUACGAAGACCUCGCCCUCGCCCUCGCCAGCUACAGCACGCCGGCGAGGAAGGUCUAUUUGGCGGCGGCGCCGCAGCCAAUUUAUCCAGACGCUUAUCUGGGGAAGGCGAUUAAAACUGAGGCUUUCAGCUACAUCGGAGUGCAGUUCUACAAUAAUCCGAGCUACGAUUACAGUGGUGGAAAGGAAGCGCUCAUGGCCGCUUGGAACAAGUGGAGUUCGUCGAUUCCGGCGAAUGCGACUCUCUUAUUGGGGUUGCCGGCGAGUUCAGGCGCCGCCGGUUCAGGAUACAUCCCGCCAGAAAAUUUGACAUCCGAUAUCCUACCGGAGGUGAAGAAAUCAUCCAACUACGGAGGAGUGAUGCUGUGGAGUAGAUACGAAGACAAGGAUAACGGUUAUAGCCAAAAGAUACAUCCCUACGUGUGUCCUGCCGCCGCUGCCACUAAACCGAUCGGCAAUAUUCUGGACGCCGCCGCCGCCGCCGCCGCCGUGUGAUUAUAAUUCUGCCAUGGAAACCGGCAGCCUUUGUAGCUUCGUUGUGUUGGAAUAAGUUAUUGUUGAAAAAAUAGGAGGCUGCAUGAAUAUCAUGCUUUAAGUAAAUUUAAUUGGGCGUCGGCGCGUUUGAAUGCA